GCUGCAGUAUGAUUGGUGCUCGUUACCGGCGACUGCAGUUUCACCAUGGGUUUGAUUCAGAGCGUGUUUACUGCAGAGGGCGGCUAUCACGUGCACGGGAUUCAGGAGAACUCACCAGCUCAGAGAGCCGGACUGGAGCCCUUCUUUGACUUCAUUCUGUCUGUAGGACACGCACGGCUGAAUAAAGACAACAGUAUGCUGAAAGAUCUUCUGAAGGCAAACAUCGAGAAGCCUGUGAAGAUGGAGGUGUACAGCAGUAAAGUGCUGAAGAUCAGAGAGCUGGAGGUCAUCCCCAGUAACAUGUGGGGUGGUCAGGGUUUACUGGGCGCCAGCGUUCGAUUCUGCACCUUUCAUGGGGCCAGUCACAACGUCUGGCAUGUUUUGGAUGUGGAACUCAAUUCACCGGCCGCUCUGGCUGGACUGAAGCCGUAUUCAGAUUAUAUUGUUGGUGCGGAUCAGGUGCUACAGGCAUCGGAGGAUUUCUUCACGCUGAUAGAAGCGUCCGAGGGGAAAGCAUUGAAACUUCUGGUGUAUAACACAGAGAGAGACGACUGCAGGGAGGUUCACAUCACUCCUAAUGGAGCGUGGGGCGGAGAGGGAAGUCUUGGUUGUGGCAUUGGGUUCGGCUACCUGCAUCGCAUCCCCACAAGAUCGCUCGCAUCCUCGCAACAACAACAACAACACGACACCUAUCCAGCAUCAGAAACCCUGGAGGAAAGGCACAGUUCUGAAACAUUUUUAGAGGAUUUCUCGGAUGCGUCGGGCUGUGAUGUGACAGCAGACGCUUCUGGGCAUAAGACCGACUUUCAAGUUUCAACACCAUUAGAGAAACAGUGGGAGUUCAAAGAUGUCUAUGAUGACGACGGAGUCUACAGCCGUGAGGAUGUAUCUGUCAUCAUCAGCCGCUCUGAAAACAGCACGGUCACAGCAGACGUCCAGAAGAAUGACUCUGGGAUCCACAGUGUUGAAGAAGGACCUGUGACUUUAAAUAUGGAGGCAACGUGCGAUGAGAUGAACACAUUUCCACAGUGACAUCAAGCCACGCACGCAUCAUCACACCUUCUGCUUCAUAUAAAUAAUUAUGAAGAUUAUAUAUUACUAAAUCAAGCAACUUAAUUGAAACUAUUUACUUGUAUUUCCACGGUUAACAUUGAAGAUUACACAGAAGUCAAUGCAGUAUUCAUUCAGUUAGAUGAAGCGUGACUGUUGUACGCAAUCCUGCUUUAUACAAUGUUGUUGCUUGAAAUUCUAAACUUCAUGAAAAUGUGCAGUUUCUCUGGGCAUAAAGACCAAAAAAUUGAAUGAUGGAGGAAGUUGCAUCAACACUUCACCCUUAUGCACAUGUCAUGAAUCUUAAAAAUAAGCUUAAUUUCUUCAUGCAAAGUAUAAUGUGUAUAUAUACGUGUAUAUAUAUAUCACUCCUGUGAAAUCUGAUUAUAUCUGUGAUCUCUCUGGACAGACUCUAUAAAGACUUUUGACAUGAAUGUUGCUAAAACAACUCAAUGAAUGCAGCAAAUGCUAAUUAUUUCAUAAAUAUAAUGUUAGUUAACAUAAAAUCUUACAUGUACAGUACAGGACAGACACACACACACAGUGUGAAUUUAAAGCCAUACUGCUGAAGUGCUGUCUGACAUGUUUAUAUUUGGCACAUGAGUAUUAUUGAAUCAUAACUCGUAAGAGAAUCCAGAGUUCUCACACCAGUCAGAAACACCCAACACUUACCUGUGACAUGAUGACAUAUGCAAACGCAGACACUGCUUUCAGCUUCUGAAAAUGAUAAAUAUACAGAAGUUAAAUACAGAGAACAGUCACAGGUGACCUGCGGCAUUAACUUCAUUUAGUGUUAUACCAAAAAUAAAAUAAAUACUUGCACAGUUAAUGUCUACUGUUUUAUACCAAUGCACUUUAAAUAAUGACAUCAUCCAUGUAAGCAUCAUUUCAAUGUAUUUCAGUUGUCAGAGAGUUCCUGGGAUCAAAUAAUACACCGUUCAAUAAAUGUGAGCUAUGAAUAACUGCGUCGGAGCUUUGUGUGCUCAGAUACACUCCUAUUAACCUUUUAAUGGCAUUUCAAAUUUAAAGCUAUAAUGAAAUGAAAGUGUAAAUGACAGGUACUGUAUGUCAAUAUUUCUUAUUUUCAUCUCCUUUCUUGCCUUUACUAGCUAAUUGAAGCUGCACGAAUUACGAAAAUGUAAAAACAGUUUAAGAUGAAAUAUAGCAGGCCCCAACCUGACAUCUGAAGCUCUUUUAUAUACGACCUGAUGAUAAACAAAAGAUCUUGAACGCAGGGAGACAUCAGAAGACAGAAAUGAGAAACAAACACAAAGUCAAUGUCACAUUCGAUGUGAUUUCAGUGACAUCUGUCUCUCUGUCACAACUCUGAAUAAAAAAAUAAACUGUAUUCUAACUGGUUUAUUAAUGGUUAAUUUAUUAAGCUGUUAUUUACCCAAAAUAUACUGCAUAUAAUUACAAUCAACGCAGGAAGCAUAAAUACAGAAGUCAUGGACACUUGAAAACCUUCUCAAGAUCUCUUUAGUCUUCGUUUCAACAUAGCGGUGUCAUUUGUAGAACUAUCAUCAUGGGCUUAUCUCUAAACUAAAGUCUGAUUAUAUACAUGAAUACACGUCGCUAUACUGUGCAAAUCUUCUCAUGAUUGACAAACGUUUGCAGAACACAGCUUUCGUUUUGCAUAAAUUAAAACACAUGAACCGAGUUUUGCCCUCCGGUGACAUUUGACCUUGCGCAUCAUUCCUCACAGAAGCGAAAUGAGUUAGAAACAUUUAAUGGAAUAGUUCACCUAAAACUGAUUCGUGGGUGAAUUAUUUCUUUAAAGAAACUCUUUCACCUCCGUCAGUCACGUAUGACAUGAAACAGCACCGUGUUGAUGAUCCCGUACAUUUUCUUCAAAAGAAAAGAAAACUCCUCGUGAACUACAAAAUAAUUACAAUAUAUGUACAGAAUGAAUGCAUUGAUGAUCACAGCACAGUGACAGAUGCAUCGUGGGAAAAACGUUCUUGGAGCACUCUGAAGAGUUUUCUC